GUGUAGUUAUUUCCUUCAAUGUUUUACGUUUAUUAACUAGUUAUUUCAUUUGUACUCUUAAUACCCGACAAGUUUUUCCCCCAAAACGGAAAAAUGCUUAGUAAAUACAUUUUGUUCAUACCGCUUUUAUUAAUAUUAACACCAAAACAAUCGCAACUGGCAACAGCUGAUGCAGCUGCCUGCAGCAAUCUGGAGCGCCAUGAAAUUGAACGCCGUCUGUCCACCAAGACACCAUAUCGCGCCAUCGCCAAUUAUAAUGAUUCGGCGCCGUUAUACGAUGGUUGCCACCCGACGCGAAUUUGGGCCAUAAUACGACAUGGCACUCGCAAUCCCAGCAAAGCGGUUAUUUUGCAUGCCAAAGAGCGCCUGGUCGAAAUACAGUCACGUCUCUUGGCCCAGUCGGAGCCCAAUCUCUGUGCCGACGAAUUGAAACAGUUGCGUCAAUGGAGCUGGGCGCACAUCGAUGCCGACGAUGAAAAACUGCUGGUCGCCGAGGGCGAAGAUGAACUGAUUGAGCUGGCCGAGCGCAUGCAGCUGCGCUUUCCCAGCCUCUUGCCCGAUCUAUACAAUCCGGAAUGGUUCUACAUGAAGUAUACGGCCACACAGCGUACGCUGAAAAGUGCGCAGAGCUUCGCAACCGGCCUAUUUGGACGUCAUCGCAUACAUGCCAUCACCUAUCCACAGCCAUUGCAUCGCGAUCCAGUGCUACGGUUUUAUAAACUCUGCAGCCGCUGGAAAACGGACGUCGAUAAGAAUCCUGAAACAAUGUUUAAUGCACGUAGCUUCUAUGCGGAGCCUGCGAUGCAGUCAGCAGUGGCGCACGUGCGUUCCAUCACAAAAUUAAUGGACUUAACCCCCGAGGAUGUCCAGCUAAUGUACACCGUGUGCGCCUUCGAGACGGCAUGGCAACGCCGCCGGCCGCCAUCCGUCUGGUGUCGCUUCUUCAAUGUGGCCGCUUUGAGCGCCUUGGAGUUUGCCGAGGAUCUCGAAUACUAUUGGAACGAUGGCUACGGCUACGAACUGACGCAUCGCAUUGCCUGUCCGGCAAUCGCAGACAUGUUUGCGGCCAUCGACACGCCAAGGCCGCGCGCCAAUGCCACCUUCUAUUUCACCCAUUCGGGCACGCUCCUCAAGAUGCUGGCCCAUCUGGGCGUGGCAAGGGAUGAGCGGCCGCUGACGCACAAGGAUUUCGAGAGCGGGCGUCUUUGGCGCACAAGUGAAAUCGAUGCGUUUGCAACCAAUUUGGCUUUUGUGCGCUACGACUGCAUUGAGAGGGAGCCGCGCGUGCUGGUAAUGCAUCAGGAGCGUGCGGUGCGCCUGCCCGGCUGUCCACAGGAUGACGAUCUUUGUCCGCUGUCAACGCUGCGACGCAACUACGCGGACAGCGUUGAGCGCUGCGAUUUUGAGGCGCUCUGCCAAGCAGCCAACUGAGAGAGAAAGAGAGCGAGAACGACAGAAAGAGACAGAGAAAGAGAGAAAGCUGGCUGGCAUGGAAUGGGAAUUGGAAUUGGAAUUGUUGCUGCUGCUGCUGCUACUGCUGCCGCUACCGUAAAACUAUGUGAAAUUUAACAUGAAACAAGGGAUUCAUCGGAAUUUGUAAACAAAAUUUGAAUUGAUGUCGAGGAUAAAACGAACAGAGAGCGCGAGAACGAAGGAGAGAGAGAGAGAGAGGGAAAGUAAGAGCUGUGCUAAAAGGAGUUGAAAAAUGAGAUGAUAUCGAUGCUGCAUAUAUAUAUAUCUAUAUAUAUAUAUAGGGAUAGAGAAUAGCCGUUAAGUGAGAGUUGAAGAGCAAGCGAGAGAAAUUUUGUAUAAGCAAAACAAAAAAAGAAAGAAAAUUUAAUUGGAAAGUCGUUCUGUAUGUAUUUUGUAUGCCUUAUAAUCAAUGUGGACCAUCCAAUCCAAAUUUAGAAAAAAAAAAAACAAGAAAUACUGUAUACGCAAUCAAAAGCAGAUAUGAGAAAGUGAGAAAGCACAAGCGAGCAGGAAGGAGAGAAAAUGUGUGCGCGUGAGCAAGCAGAGAGAGAGAGGGAGGGAAGGAGUUUCUAGCCAUGCCGCCAAACCGAAAGUUGUCUAUAAUGCAUAUAUCUAUA